AUGAAAUUCCUUAUUGCUUUCGCUCUGUUCGCCGUGGCUUCGGCCGGCGUGAUUCCUCCCGCUGUCAUCGCCAGCGAGAACCCGGAGAUCCAGGAAAUCGUAGCCGCCAUCCAGAGCCCCAGCACAGACCCCGCCACUGCUGCUGCUCUUGAGCAGUUGCUUCUCCAAGUUCUUGGCCUUGCCGAGCCCGAGCCUAUUGCUGUCGGACCCGCACUCGUCGACAAUGAGGAACCCAUUUCCAUCGGACCCGCUAUCGUUGACGAAUACGAACCCAUUUCUGUUGGGCCCGCUCUCAUUGACUUCCCCCUUCCGGACGGUGGUGCUGUGACUGAGGUGCACCCCGCCCCUGUUAUGCCCGCCCCCGUCGGCCCCUCUGCUAAGGCUCCCCUUGUUCAAAUCAUCUUGAACAUCCAGUCCUCUUCCGAUGUAGCUGUUGAAAGCAUCCCCUCCCCUGCACCCACCCCCGUUCAGAUUGUUGAUGAUGCUGGAUUCGUUCCUGAGCCCGUGAUUGUAGACAGACCAAUUGUUCCCGAAUUCGAGACUGUCGAAGAGAAGCCUAUUAUCCCUACGCCCGUGAUCGUGGUCGACAAGCCAGAGGUUCCUGAGUCAGUUAUCGUAGUGGACAAGCCCACCGUUUCUGAGCCCAUCGUUCCUGAGCCCAUCGUUCCUGAGCCCAUCGUUCCUGAACCCGUCAUUAUUGUAGACCAGCCAACCAUUCCUGAGCCCGUCAUCAUUGCUCAACCCAUCAUCCCCGCUCCCGCUAUUGUUCUUCCUGAAAUACUUAAC